AUGGAAACAAACAUCGUAUCCAUUGUGAUAGUAGGCUCACCGGGAGACGGAAAGUCCUGCUUUCUCAUGAUUAUUGCAUUUUACCUGGCGCGCAUCAAAAGGAAGAAGGUGCUUGUCAUACGUCGCUUGGUAGAACUCAAUCUAAAGAACGUUGUGUUGAUUGAGGGUAAGGUCGAUGAGAAGGAGGCGCCAAUUGUUCUGGUUGAUGGCGUUAACCCGGCAGAAGUGGACGACACGAAGAAUGACUCACGCAUUGUGGUUUUGCCGGCGUGGCGUGAUGCCAACCUGCUGCAGUACACGAAGUUAACGAACUGGGUUGUCGAUUCUGGUCUACGCAAGAUCAAGCGGCAGAAGACACCGGUGGCGAAACUUGUUAAGGAGCAGUACUUCUAUAGUGGCGGCAGUUUGCGCGAGUUCUGUAAGAAUGGAGCUCGCCUGAAGAGCGUACUACUGUGCCGUGGAAAAUGA